CUGACUCUCCGUCUCCGGGCUGAGGCUGGAAUCACUUCUCCGCUCUCCCCCUCUCCCUGCGGCCGGGGCUUGGUGCGGUACGCGGCGCGGCAGCUUCUCCACGAUUGAACGGCAUUCGGCUCCCGGGGCUGCAAGAUGGCGAAAGGCAGCGUGUCUGCGGUACUUGCUCUGGCUUUACUGGCUGUGACCUGCAGAGUUUAUGGGGACAGUGACGACUUUAACUUGGAAGAUGCUUUCAGCAAUGGUCCUACAGAGAAGCCUAAACCAAAACCACCCAAAAUUCCAGCCAAUAAACCAAUUGCAGAUGACGAUUUGGAUUUAUUAGAUUUUUUUGAUACCCCAAGCAAACCAACGACGAAGCCUCCGAGGCCAGCCCCGAGACCCCCGCCAAAGAAACAAGGUGAUGACCUGGAUUUAGCCGAUUUCUUUGAUACCCCAAGCAAGCCAACAACGAAGCCACCUCGCCCAGCUCCAAGACCUCCUCCAAAGAAGCCAGAUAACCCCAAACCCCGUAAUCCAGAUCCAAAUGAUUUUGACUUGGGAGACGCUUUAAAGAAUAACAACGAUGGGAAAGAUAUUUCGGAUUCUGAUUUGGAGGACAUCUUUAAUGACGGUUAUAACCCAGACAAAAAGAAAGGUGGAGGAGGUAGAGCUGCCGAAAACAACGAUCACUCUGACACCGGCAGUCAGACGGAGACGAUGACCAUCGCGGGGAUUGCCAGUGGUUUGGCGAUGGCAUUAAUUGGUGCUGUGUCAAGUUAUAUUUCCUAUCAACAGAAGAAGUUCUGCUUCAGUAUACAAGAAGGACUAAAUGCGAACUAUGUAAAGGGAGAACAAAUGGAAGGGGUAGUGUCUGAAGAACCACCAGUGAAACAUUCUUUUCUGGAAACUCAGGCUUCUGCUCCAGAAGAUGCGGCGAAGGUGUGAACCCCCAAUACCAACAGCAGAUUGAUUGGCGGCCGGGUGGUUGCCGGGGGCCUGUAUGUUUGCCUUUAAUUUAUUGUAGCUACUCCUCCUAAGAUUAGGUACUGUGUGUUAACAAUAACGGACUGUUUCUUUAA